CUCCUCCUCCGACACUUCGAGACCCCCAACAAUUAUCUAUCUCUAUAAAUAUCUCAAUCUCCUCUGCUCCAAAUCGUAACCAAAACCCUAAUCCAGCAGCAAUCCAAUUCUGUUAGCGAAAAUGUCGGGAAAAGGAGCAAAAGGUCUGAUCAUGGGCAAAACAUCAAAUGGACCAUCAAAAGAUAAAGACAAGAAGAAAUCCGUCACUCGAUCUUCACGCGCCGGCCUUCAGUUUCCAGUGGGCCGAGUUCACCGUCUUCUCAAAACAAGGGUGUCCUCAAGCGGAAGAGUUGGAGCAACCGCCGCUGUAUACACCGCAGCCAUACUAGAGUAUCUAACAGCGGAAGUACUAGAAUUAGCUGGCAACGCCAGCAAGGAUUUGAAGGUGAAACGUAUAACGCCACGUCAUCUGCAGCUCGCUAUCAGAGGAGAUGAAGAACUUGACACUCUUAUAAAAGGAACCAUUGCUGGUGGUGGUGUUAUCCCUCACAUUCACAAGUCACUCAUCAAUAAGUCUACUAAAGAGUAAAAGUGGUUAUAAUUUAUAUUUUAAUAUUUUAAUAUUUUAAUAUUUUAUACACCUGCUUUUUGGUUUUUACCUUUUUUGAAACCUUAAUGUGGGUGGUGAUGGUCCUUUAUGUAUUUAUCUAUUUGUAUAAACUUUGAAGUUUGUGGUUCAUUUAUGUUUGUAGAAUAAUAUUAUGAAUCUUUCCCUUUAUGUAUGUA